GUUGAGUUGUUAAAGUCAUAAAAAAAAUACAAUACACAAUAGUUAGUUCUAAGGAGUAUAUAUGAUAAUUAAAUAAAAAACAAAUAUAAAUUAUUAAAUUAUUUAAAUAAUCGAACGCAUUUUAACCGUACAACACUUAAGUCCCAAACAAGUAUAACAAGCGAAACGAUGGGCCAAAACGAUAAGACUGAGCAGCCGUGCGGGUCUAUCCGAUGCUGUUGCAAGUUGAUAGCGAAAUGCGACGAAAAACCGGUAGCAGCGACAGCGACAACGAAACCGCGAAAUAAUGACUGCCCACAAAUGAGCCUAUGUGAUUUCUUGAAAUCACAACCGAUUCCAGACUGGAUCAAAGUGAAUGAUAUGCGUAUGCAACAGAAUCGUCCCCAGAAUGAGCAGCGUUCAACGAAACCUACGUCUGAUGAACGGAAAGGAAAUAAUGUCCCGCAGGAUGUGCAAUCGUCGCAAAUCAUCAUCAACUUUGGAACGGUCGUAACCAGUGGGGCGUGCACGCGAGAUUCAGGUCAGCAGACCGAUCCGGAAGUUAAAGACGCAGUAGCUCCGGUGGAAAAAAAGCGAGUAUGUCAGACCACUGCCCCACCGGUUAAUCGGUCAAGCUCCACUCGUCCGUCAAACAAUCGGUCUACGUCCAACUGUCAAUCGGUCAAUCGGCAAACGUCUAACGGUCCGCAAACCAGUCGACCGAACUCCACCUGUCCACCGUCACCGAAAAAUCGGCCAACCUCCACCGGUCCACCAACUAAUCAGCCGACCUCCACCUGCUCAUCAGCACAUGCAAAUCGGCCAACCUCCGCCGGUCCACCAACUAAUCAGCCGACCUCCACCUGUUCAUCAGCACAUGCAAAUCGGCCAACCUCCGCCGGUCCACCAACUAAUCGGCCGACUUCUGUUUGCCCAUCAACGGAUAAGUCGAAGUCCACCUGUCCGUCAACUAAACAGUCUACCUCCACCUGUCCGCAUAACAAUCGGCCGACAUUCAACCGUCCAUCGGAUAACCAGCCAACCACCAACGGUCAGCAAGCUAAUCGACCGAACUCCGCCUGCAGCUCACCAGCACCGGCAAAUCGGCCAACCUCCGCCGGUCCACCAACGGAUCAGUCGAAGUCCACCUGUCCGCAUACUAAUCGGCCGACAUUCAACCGUUCAUCGGCCAACCAGUCAACCACCAACAGCCCGCCAACCAAUCGGCCGACCUCUACCUGCCCUUCUUACUCCAAAUGUCCUGCAGCCCGUCCCGAGAACAGCCGACCAACCUCUACCUGUCCCACUACCUCCAAAUGUCCUGCAGCCCGUCCCGAAUCCGUAGUUAAUAAGUCAACAUGUGGUUGUAAUUGCCACUCGAAGCUCUAGAAUAUUGAAACAGGAAGAUAUCAUACUGCCAUCGUCGUCCCAAAACAAUAAUAAUAAUCACUAUUACAAAAGUAGUUCACGGUCGUCGAAAAGUGAAGAAGCAUUAACACAGUAUAAUCAAAAUUAUAAUACAUUCAAUUUUGCAGUACACAUGACGAUGUUUAAGUUUUUACAUUAAUCACGUCAGUACUCAUGGCGAGCAGUCACGUGGCAUUUGAACGAUAAAAUAAAACCAAUUAUUAUUUUACUUUAGUUUAUGACUCUGUGAGCUUAAAAGGCUUACAAGUUAAUGAACUCCCGACCAAAAUUAUUAAAGUACUUUUAAAUUUUAA